AAGCAAACAUAUACCGUGUCUAAGGAGGUGCGUCGUUUUUGUUAAAUGAGGAUGUCGGACUCUCUUUCAUUUGCUGUGGAACGGAAAAUAUACAUAUACAUAGAGUUUGAAGAUUGCCAUCUUUCUGAGCGUAGGCAAACAUUCAUAAGGGUUCUAUUUUGAUAUUGAAAUUGAUUCGCCUACAAACACCGACGAAGCGUAAUUCGUCUCUGAGAGGAAAAAGAUGGUUCGUGUUUCCUCUUGCUUGCUGGCUGUCGCGGCCGCUGGGCCGCUCAGCGUUGCUGCGGAGGAUGGUUUUUCCUUCUCUUCUGAGAAGGCCGCUUCGUUGGCUCGUGGUGUGCUAAAGAAGCUUAUUGACAGUGUCGGCAAUGCGCAAAUUGAAGUGCCGGUAUUGCCUAGUUUUGCCUCCUCUACUCGAGCCAUUGUAAAACCGAGCGACGUUUCCACGCAGAAGCUGCCACGAAGCGCGAAGGAUGUCGCGUCGACUCUCACUGCAGGGCUUGGGCAUAGCCAGCAAGCCCUGAAACUGCGAAACAAGAUGACGUCCGACAAUAAGCAGCAGUGGCACUUGUCACGGCAAGAGUAUGUCACAAUUUUCUUGGGCAUCGCGGACGGAUUCGGUCUGGCUCUGGUUGAGGCUUGCAUCAAGGAUGAUAUUGCGUUCGAGCAGAACAUCCAAGCCGCGGUCGCCGAAUUCGAGAUGCAGACUAACGAUGGUGUCAAGAGUGGAUUAGCGUAUCUAGCCACUGCAUUCGAAAGCAACCUGCCUAGCGCAAUCAGAGACUGCAAAGGAACUUACGAUCAGGUCUGAAAUGUAUGGGAUUAUGUUGAAUUAAGUAUCAUUACGACGGGAAAAGCUAAAACUAAAAGCGGAGAAAUAUCCUGAACCCCAACCCGCUCAAAUCCUAGAACUACGAAUAUCGAUCAGAUUACCGUGAAGAUGAAGGGGAUGAAAUUAACCUGCAAGAGGACCUGCAAGAUCAACAAUAUACUUGUAUCCGUUAAAAAUACUUCAACUUCUUAUUUUACUAGGUUGAAGCAGUCCUUGCCUCGUUGGCGAGUUUCGCCACCCCGCAAACAUUCGCUUUUCAUAUCGGAAAAGAUUUGCUGGUAAAUGGUGUCGACAUCUUCCGCAAGAUGACCACCGCCAUAGAAGCGUGGAAAAUGGGUUCUUACCACACUUUCGGAAUGAACCUCGGUGGCGCUCUCCGCGAUGUGCUGCUCGGCUCUGUCAGUACCUUUAAGUUGCGUUUAUGUAAGGGUCUUAGGGUUAGGGUUCAGCGGAAGCAGGUGCGGUAGAGUGCGACGGCGAUUCCACUUAUGAAAGUGGCUGCGUGGACCCGGGGCGGGCUGGUACUGUGGAGGAUAGGCCUCCAGCUGGAGCAGAAGCAACGGAAAUCGAUCGCAUCGAGGACCAGGGCGCUGCGGGCGUGGGGGGUGGGGUUGGUGUGGAUCUUAGUCGUGACGGAUUGUCUGCGGGGCCGGCGCCAGUGGCGGCCGAUGUCAUUAAUGACAAGGCUGACACGGAUGGAGCUGCAGCCGGUGACAAAAGUUGUACGCAUUGGCGCGCCACUGUUUAAGCAUGGCCACCGCGAGCAGCGUGGGAGUGACACAGGGGAGCGAGGUGCAGACGGCGACGCGUUGCCAGCGUCCACCGUCUGGCAAGGAAAACGCUACAAAUGCCGGAGGCGGGCGCGUCAGCUUGAUGGGUCGGCCCUCCUCUUGGAGAAUGCAAAGCCGGCGCAACGCUGAGGGCGUUCGUUUAACAUCUCGCAAACUCUUCAAGGGUGAACGACGGAGCGACACCGGCGGAAGCACUUGCUCCGCUACCACCACGAUUCACACGGCCCAGAGUGGUACGAGCACGGCCGCCACGCAUGGGAGCGGGAGCAGGACGGGAGCAGACGCGGAGGCAAAGGCGGCGCGCGGGCGUCGAUUGAAGCGCCCUCGCCGAACGUGAAGCCGCGCCAGCUGGCCACGGGGCUGCAGCAUUGCGCGCACAACGUGCAAAAGAGCUGGGGCAGCAUGUGGGCAAAAUAGGAGGCCGCUCGGCUUUGCGGGAGUUGAACAUCAGCGGCGCAGCCAUGUCCGUGUCUGUGGUGAUCUGAUGGCUGCGGAACCAACCCGCGCGCAGCAGAUUCAGGGCUGACGCCUGCGCGCCUGUUGCACUUUUCGCGGCGUGCGUGCGCGGGCGGUGGGCGUGGUGCCCUGCCCGCGCUCAGGCCGCCGCGGGGUUGUUCCAGAUUCUUCGGAGAAGGUGGAGCGCGCUCGGAGCCGGAGGGUCUCUCUUUUGGAUUAUAGCCGCCAAGAAGCAAGCUUGCCUACCCCCGCAGUCUCGUCGAAGGUGUGUGGCCGCUGGCUUUGUUUUUCUUCGGGUCUGCUCGCGUUUUCUGGCCCAAGCCUUCCCGCUGAUCGGGUUGAUUUUGCCAAGGGAGGAGCCGCGCUAUGUAUUCGCUUCUGGCUGUGUUUGUUGAUGAAGGUAGAAAGUGCAAGCUAGGGGGCUUGGCGGAGGCAGGUCUGGCCGGCGCCAGGGGGCGCGCUGAUAUAUUCGAACAGGCAGAAGUUGAGGACGAAGGGCCACGGUUCCACAUUCUUGGGCAACGUGUGCGUGAGCGUGUCGCCUUCGUUCUUUGCAGGCAGACGGCAAGGGUCUGGAUGCAUGAGGGCCAUGACUCACAGGGACAGGCCCGCCCGGCUCGCAGCGCGCUCUGUCUACCGCUGGCGCCGGGUGUCAUCGUGUCGGGCAUGACUCGAGAGAAGUCGAGACCGAGAGCGCGGCUGCAGAGAGAACGAAGUGAGUCUUCGGGGGCUCCCUCUGAAGGCUUGGCGUGGUCGGCGUCCAUCGAUCGGGGAAAGCGGCCACGGGCGGAGAGGCCAGCUUCUUGGAUAGAGCCAGCGCGGACUGACACUGGGCGCAUUUAUCGAGCGAAACGCUCGAGGUCGAGGGCAUCAUAUGGCCCCCUCAACCUCAAGGGUGCGGGUGGCCAGAGCCAAGGCGUAUACAUAGCGCUGCCAUACAUAUCAUUGUCACGGGACGCGCCUCCUUUUGUGUGUGUCUGUCAAGGAAGCGCGCAGGGGCAGGGGGAGGGGAGUGCUGUCUGUGCUUGCAGCGCGGGUGGCGUGCUGGCUCGUUUUGCUCGUUCUCUGUUGCUCGUUGUUAUUUGGCAGUUGGCCUUGGCUCGUUUGUUCUUUCUUACUAGAUAGGGUGGAGGGGCUGGUAGGGUUUCGCUUUCGCCUGGCGCCUAAUCAUACCGCUGGCUUACUUUAGUUUACCGACUCAGUCAUCUCGAUCUAUCAGCGGAUCACUUCCGGUUCCGCUCUUUCCUAUUCUGUUUCAGUUUCAAGUCCUAAACUAGUAAUUCUAAUUAAUAGUAUUAGUAGUGUAGUAGUAUAAUAAGAAAACAACUACCGCAUCGAUCUGGCGAAUUAUGUGAAAUAGAUGUUCAUUCUUGCACUUGCUCCGUCAAGAUCUACACCGCCAUUGCCUGUAGGAGUUGCGGGUGCAGCCUCCAUUGCUUCGAUUUUACGUUGAAGUUGAUUAUCUACAUCUUCAAGACUUUUGAUCGCGCUUAGUAGUAGCGUAGACGAGGGAGUAGAAGACACUUCUGCAAACUUAGUGUAGUAUUUAUGUAUUCUUUUUUCUAAUAAAACCAAAAUACCAUUUAUUGUCAAAAUUCCCUCUUCCCGUUUAGAAUCCGUGGCGGAUGGUAUCGCCUUUUUUGAGGGUAUGGCGGAAGGCCUCGGAGCAACCGUCGAUCAAGCCUGCAUGACUUCAGCGAACUCCCUGUCGGCCGAAAUGGAAAAAAUCAUUGCUGCGCUCAAGAAAGGAACAAGGGUUGACGAAGCAUUUUCAUUUUGACGAUGCUGAAAGUAGAAGAUUUUUCAUACGAGAACAAUGAAUUUUGAUGUUCCGAGGAGAACGAAGUGAUCGAUGUGUAGUCUCUUUAUUUUUGUGCAACUGGGGCAUAUGCAACAAACUUCAACAUCAAUUAUUGCACUGUGGUCUAGAAAUUCUGAUUCAUCCAGGAAUCGCUGGCCGAAGCUGUGAUGAUGGCUAGCUGGGCAUGGGAGCACACCUGGCCAGAAGUCCAAAAGCAGUGCAGCAGUGUGGAGAACGAAAUUGCUGAUAUCUUAGCGGACCUGAAAGAGUACGAUUCUUUUGAGGCACUCAUCGAGCAUAUCGGAGCGGAUUUGGUACAAAAUCAAAAUAUUUCAUUUGAUACAAUCGGAUAAAAAAAUGAGCUACCUAGCACUAGCUUAUCCUUGUUGCGCAUCAGACGAGGGCAAACUGCUCUUGUAGUUUGCUUGAGGUAUUUGAUUGCAUCAGUCUAGUCGUUUACUUUAAAACGAUACGACGUCGAUAUGGAUAGAUAAAUGUGACAGGUCGAGAACAGCACCGACAUCUAUGCCGAUGCCAACGGAGCCGUCGAUGAGUAUAAUAAGGGCGACUUUGAAGACUCCGGAAAGCAUGUCGGCCAUUUGAUCAAGCUCGUCCUGGUGGGUAAGGAUGCUUCAAAGGCCAAGGCGGCCAGUCAGCAAGACAUCUACAUCUAGACACUCAAUUUUGUCAUAUGUUGAUAAACAACGAUGGAUGGGGACAUCAGAAAAGCUUGGUACUGACGAAGAAACAACACGUUGCUUGCUCAUAUUAUUAUCUGGUCAUUUUUGUCAACCACUAUCUGUUCUUAUUGAUGAGUAGUUGAGCUCAUCAAUGGCAGUAUGCUUUUUCACAUGUAGGGGACCCACUCAUAUUCUGUUAUCAAAAGACAUAUUGAUAUUCGAAUAAGUUGUAAUUACCAGUCUAGAUGAUAUUUUAUGUAUUGAGUAAUCUCACACUCACAGGCACGAGAGAAUGGUUUUACGGGUCAGCACUACUUCUCAUGAUAUUGAUAUUCCUCGGGGCGAUCAACAUAAAUGUUAUGUCGUGUAAAUAAAAUCUUCAUUUGCGUUCUAAGACAAAAAUUUUCCAACUGGAUUCCUUCCAAAACAUACUAGAUAGUGCUGUAGUCAUAUUUCCUGUCUUGUUCACUUAUAACGAACAACACUUACAACCAAGAAAUAGUACUAGGUAUUUUCAAAGAGUAAUCAUGAAAGAAUCUUUGGUGUCAAAACCGAUCACACGGUCAGAAUAACCCAGAAAGGCAUCCGUGUGUAUCCAUAUCAACUUUUCAAAAGCGGUGUAGCCUCCAGCCAAGCAAUUCGAGUAUCAACAUGAACAUGCCGAAGAUGAGAAAUCAAAGAGCACCGCCGCUUGAGACAGGGCGAAACUGUCUGCUAUAGAUUUCCCGAUCCUGUGCCUCGUGACUGAAAAAUG